AUGUCAUCACACGGCAGCUCCAACACUGGCUCCAAGACAGGCACGGGAAUGGCUUCGCAAAUCAAGACACCCGCCACUGCUGGCAUUGGCGAGGACAAACCCAAGAUGUUUGAUGCCCAGGGCUCUAUCGGCAAACAGUUUACCGAAGACGGGGCGAUUGGCGGUACAGCGCAGAAGAUCGGUGGGCCUUUGGAUAAAGAGGGCAUGGUUGGAAAGCAGUUUACUACAGAGGGUAGUGUCGGCGGAUCUGUACAGUCAACUCUCGGGGGUCAAGGUAGUAGGAGUAAUUAG